AUGAUAUCAUGUUCGACGGCGUCAAGCAUCUCCAGCUUCUUCAGCACAGUGUCUCUCAUUAGUUGGGCCAGUGCUCAGCUUCCCCAAAUUUACACCAACUAUGUUAACAAAUCAGCGGAAGGUAUUUCGCCAGCUUUCCUUCUUCUAUGGUUUUUGGGUGAUUUCUUAAGCUUCACAAGCUGCUUACUCAACGAGUCGGUGCUCAAAUUCCAAAUCUACCUCAGCUUGUUUUUCAUAUGCAACGACAUCGUCUUGUGCUAUCAGUACUACUACUACAAUCAUGUGUACAAAGUCAUCGACGACAAUUUGACUUUGUAUAAGGAGGAUGAAGCCGAACCCGUUACGCAUCCCCAAGAGCAUGGUGAUGCUGCUUUGCAUGACAUAUCGUCCACUAUUCACAUCAGGUCUCAUAUCCCGGAACCCGAGGAACCUGACGAAUGGCUGAGUCUCUCUCCUCCUUCAGAUGGGUCUAUCCCCAACAGUUACAACUCUACAGGGAACAAGAGACCGAGUAUGGCAAAAGUGAUCACAUUGGGUACCAUGGCGAAUGCCGGAGUCAGUAACGCUUUGCCUAUCAGCCAGCUGAUGACUACAGCAGCAGCCAUGAUUUUAGCUUCUCAAGAAGACAAACCUCAUGAGCAUGGAUUGCUUGCUCUUGUAUUGGCCUGGGGCUGCACUGCAGUGUAUGUGAGCUCACGGUGUCCCCAGCUCUACAAGAACUAUAGAAGGAAAUCAGUGGAGGGAGUCUCCCCAUUACUUUUCGGGGCAGCGCUCCUUGGGAAUUUAGCUUACACGGUUUCGGUGCUCACAAGUUGUGAAUUUCUUCUUGCAACAGACAAAUCGACAUAUUUUUGGCAUCAGCUUCCCUACCUCAUUGGUAGCUCCGGCACCAUAGUAUUCGAUUUCGCAUACUUCUACCAAAGACGCAUCUACAGUAACUUACCUCAUUACAGCACCGUGGUAGACCUACAGCCAUGGCAUAAUAUCGAGGAGUCUACACAUGAUGCCUAG